CACAAAAACGUAAUUCCACCACAUUCACGGUACUUUCAGGGCGUUUUUAUUAUUAGUUGUUGUGGUAAACGUACAAUUAUGUGUUCAGACGUUUCAGACCCUGUGGAGUUGUGAACAGAGAUGAUGGAUGCCCUGUCCGUGGUGAGCCAGCUGCGGGACCUGGCCUCUGAGCCGCAGAACCGAGAGGUGAUAGUCCAGGAUCAGGGCUGCCUCCCCGGGCUGGUCCUCUUCCUGGACCACCAGAACCCAGACGUGCUACUUGCAACUGUUCAGACCCUGCGCUACCUGGCUGAGUUGUCCCCAAACAUCCCCACCAUGAAGAAUGAACUGGGUAUGAUGGUGAGCUUGGAGAAUCUAAUUGGGAGGGAGGGCCUCUCUGUUGACAUCACUGCCUUGGCCCAGGAGUUGUUUAACAUUCUGACUGCACCUGUGCCACGCAUACCCGAGAGGGAGAUGAGGAAGAAAUCCCAGUUCUUUAUCAACUCCGCCCAGAAGAAGGCCAAGUCUAUCACUCUUCACAUCCAGGGGCUGGAUAGUACUGACCAGCGGGGUUUGUGUGAGGAGGCUCUUCUGAAGGUCAGAGGAGUGAUCAGCUUCACCUUCCAGAUGGCUUCCAAGAGAUGCACAGUCCGCAUCCGUUCUGACCUUCCCACUGAGAGUCUGGCAACCGCCAUUGCUUCCACUAAGGUGUUGUCAGCUCAGCAGGUGGUGAAGAACGAGGCAGGAGAAGAGGUUUAUAUCCCUCUGAAGCAAUCUGGAGUGGAGGUGCAGCAAAACUCAGCUCUACCAGACUACCUCCCAGAGGAAGAGGAGAGCCCAGAGAGGGAGGUCGACCGAGCAAUUUCCCGCACCAAAGCCAAAGAAGAUUCCAGUGGAAGCUGGCUCGGCUCUGCGGCCAGUUUCCUCACCAAAACAUUCUACUGGUGAAACUGGCGCAGUUUGAUUCCCUGUGAUCCAGUGACUCAAAAAUGUGCUAAAAGACUGCAACUGCUCUGUAUGUUACAGAAGUAAACAUCACUGGAUGUAAGCACACCACAGGCCAACAUCCUGGCUUUGUGUGCAUGGUCAACUUCAAUCCUUGUGGAAAACUACAAGUUAUCAACAUGUGCAAAAGGGUUGAAUGGAGUCACUUGAAAAAUAUCUUUUGUCUCUGGACUUGGAUAAUGUGUUUUUUUCUAUCCAUCUGAUUUUCAUUACAUGUACAUAUUUUCUUAAAAUCUGUCAAACUGUACAUUUUUCUUUUUCCACACGUUUAAAAAAAAAAAUGGUGUUCUGUAUAUCCUGCUGUUUGUUGGUAGU